ACGACGACGACGACGACGACGACGACGACGACGACGACGAUGACGACGACGACGACGACGCGCUGGGCCCGAGUAACAUGGAAGUGGAAUCGCGAGGAAGCCGAGUUGUCGCGCCAGUUGUCGUGCUAGUGCCCGGUCCCGCUGCUCCGUCAUUCGCGACAUAAAUAAACUGGUGGACGGUCAAAGUAUAAUAUAUUGUGUACAUCAGUUGCAUGUAUAUAAAGCGAUAUCGAGUGCACUGAGAUUCACCGCUGUUCAACGUUGGACUGCAUACGUUGAAGUGGCGGUGAUUGCGCUUGUACUCCGAAUCUUGGUUGUCUAUUUUCCUCCGGAGGGUACGCUUGUUGAAUACGCGUGCACAAUGGAGACACUAUUGCCAGGCAGCACCGCCGCUGGCCAGUCGUAUAGUCCGCAAUUGAAGACCGUCCUCAAGACCUAUCAGCUGUCAGCCAUCAAGAGCCUACAAGGUCCCAGCUCGGCUCUGCUGGGCAUGGAUUGUAAAGCCCUGUUGCACGAACAACAGUCGUGCUUCUCGCCACCCGCUGUCAGUCGUCCGGCAGUCAACUGUGGCCUGGAAUCGUCCGUGGAGUCGCAACCGUCAAAGGACGUAAUUGAGAAGGAGAUUCGCGAGACGUCGGGACGCACGUUGACGCCCGUCAACACCCCGAAGGCACCCCGCUCGUUGGAGGACUCGGAUGAGGAUCGUCCCGCGGUGGUGGAUCGUCCGAAAGUCGUGUGCGAAAAGCGCGAGCUUGAGUUUCAGAUACCGAUACUCACAGCACCUGAUCAGAGCUGCUCCGAGAGAUGCGAGACGAUCCUCGAGGGUGAGAGGAUCUCGUGCUUCGUAGUGGGUGGUGAGAGAAGAUUAUGUCUGCCGCAGAUACUGAAUACGGUGCUGCAGGACUUCUCCCUGCAGCAAAUCAAUCAGGUGUGCGACGAGCUGCAAAUUUACUGUUCACGCUGCACCCGGGAUCAGCUCGAGGAGCUCAAGCAUUCCGGCAUUCUGCCGCGCAACGCGCCGUCCUGUGGUCUCAUCACCCAGACCGAUGCCGAAAGGCUCGUCAGUGCUUUGCUGUUACGGACAGAAUCCUGCGAUCCUUCUCAGAUCGGACCAGCACAGGACUGUCUUGAUAAGAAAACGUGUAAGAAGGAGGAGGAGGAAGAGGCGAUUGUUAAGUUUAAAGUGUACCAUGAAUGUUUUGGCAAGUGCAAGGGUAUCUUCGAUGCGAAACUGUUCGAGACGGACGAUUCAGUGUGCAUUGAGUGUCUGGAGUGUGGCUACCAAUUCUCUCCUCAACGCUUUGUGAGACAUGCUCACAGAUCUCUGGAGAAUCGCACUUGCCAUUGGGGUUUCGAUUCCGCCAACUGGCGGUCGUAUCUUUUGCUCUCUCGUGAUCAGCAACACUACAACAAAUCGCUCAUUCUUUUUCGGGAGCUGAAAGAGAGGCAUCUUGUGCUAAAUUCCAAGCGAAAGCUAGAGCUGAGACAUGAGCACGAGAGAUUGGUCAAACGCACAAAGAAGGAAAUAGGAAAGGACGAUUGCACUGGAAUCUACAAUGGCAAUGGACUGGCAAUGUACCAUCCUGUAUCCCAAAUUGCCACUGAUUCGUACUUGCAGAUGCAAUGGGCGGUUUUCGAGCUCGCUGCCAGAGGUGCAGCCUUUCAGCCUUGGAAUGCUACCGGCAAUUGCAAGCACAGGGACAAUUCAUCGUUGGUGCCUGCAUAUCUGAGUCGAGGUCCACCUGUAUUGCAACAUCCGGAGCGAGUCAUUCCGCUUUCGGAGUGUGAGCGUUUCGAGCCGCAUUUCCAACCUAAUGUGGCACUGGCGCCUAUACCGGCACCCGCACAGAUAGGUCAGAUACCGCCACCUUCGUCUGUUCAUCAGCAACGACGGCAUCAUCACGAGCAUCGCCGUCACAAUCACCACUCCUCGAGUCCCACGUGUGAGAAACAGGAGUUAUUGUCCGUCAAUGUUAAAACGGAGAAAACGUCGCCAAGUCAAGCGCCGGCGAUCGAUUCUUAUCCUCUGUACUACGUUUCCGAGGAAAAUCAGAAGGAGGCGGCGCCGCCAAAAGAAAAGAAGGAGAAGGAAGGUGAGGAAGAGGAGAGCAGUGCAGCAGUGACGUCAUCCACCGUGAGCGUGGAACCUACACCACUGGCGACCUGUUCUGAAGUCGGUACCUCCUCGCCAUCGGAAAGCGAUUCCGACACGGACGGCACCGCGGCGGCGGAUCUCGAGGAACGUCUAAGGGCCCUGGACGUGCCACAGGACGUGAUAGAGCUGGCACGUCGCGUGGCGUUGGAGAACGCGCAGCUGCGACGUCAUCGACGAUCGGACGCUCGCGAAAUCACUAAAUUACGCAGUCAGUUGCACAUGCAGAAAUUACAACAACAGCAACAGUCCCCCGUCGUCGUCGCCAACGAUAAGAGUGAUGAUCAGGACAAGAAGGACGACGCAACGGCAACAACAGCGACGGCACCGCGUUCUAGCGCAGCUGACAGCACCGAGGGUGACAACGAGGAGACCGACGCUACGAGUUUACCAUCGAACAAUAAAGAGUCUGAGCCCGUCACUGUGCUGACGACUAAUAACGAGUCAGAUCAGUGAUUAGGAUAACGCGGAAGUUAUUUAACACACACACACACUCACAACUGCUCAGCGAUUACCGCGACGACGCUCAUCCGUUGGCCGAAUAAGCGUGCACUGAGUUUAGUAUGUUAGGUACAUAUAUACAUAUAUACAUAUAUACAUAUAUUUACGAUUCUAAACUAAACGAUAAACUGUCUAGAUUUAUGUGAUACGCGACAAGCCUUUAAACGUUAUCGCAGAUAAUUCGGAGUUUUUACUAGAUAAGUAAAACACGUGCUGCAUCCAACUCAAAACAUCAGGCUGAUAGAGUCCUCGCGCUUCAUACUCGUGUCUCGCGAAAUUCGAACCGACCGACCGAUCACUGUCAGCGAAGAUAGCUUGCCUUCCAUGUUUGUCGAUAGCUACGCGCGAUACGUCCACUUCCUAUCUGCAUUUUAGUAUUUCGCGGAUAACGAAAAAUGAUAACGCGUAUUUUUCCGAAAUGAAUUUCGGCUUUUUGAGUCUAUAGAACCGCGAAGAUAAACGUAUUGCUCCGUUAAUAAUUCGUCUCUCAGGCGGUGUUCUUACCGGAUUUCGAAAGAGUGAUACUCCCGGUGGGAGAUGUGGCAAACCGAUGCCACGAGUUGGACAGCCACGUCAAGUAUACUUAUAUCGAUCGAUUUUUUUAUUAAAAUCGAAUGUAGAUAUUGUAUUAUAUCGAUAGAAGGUAGAUUUAAUGGAUUAUACCGCGCCAAUAAAACGAUUACAUCUAA